CCCUGAGAGUGGUGUGGACUGUGGCGGGUCGACUGAUCCAAGAACAUUUGGGAAUAUUUGGACUUCCAGCGUCGCAGAGUUGUGUCCAGCAGGGAGGGUUGUCAUGGCGUCCUCCACCCACAGCCAGGACGUCACGCUCCCGGCAGAAGAUGAGGAGGCAGCACAGAGUGUCCAAGAUGUCCAAUCCCACUACCUGAGAUGCCCAUCCCCCAGCUUCUCCAUGAUGUCGGAGUCCAGAUUUUCUGCCAUUUCGGGUUCCGAUGCAGCCAGCAUCUUCAUGGAGCCUAUUCACCUGUCAUCGGCUGUGGCAGCUAAGAAGAUCAUAAAUGAGGAACUCCCUCCGAGGAGUCCCCGAGCCGAGUCAAUUCCUGAGUCACUGCUGGAGAGCGCAGAGCAGCUGAUGGUGGAGGACCUGUACAACCGUGUCCGAGACAUGAUGGACGAUCGCAGCCCCUAUAACACGCCCUGCGUGCUGGACCUGCAGAGGGCUCUGGUGCAGGACCGACUUGAAGCUCCAGUGAACCCAGUGGAUGAAGUGUGGCCCAACAUCUUCAUUGCAGAGAAGGCGGUUGCGGUCAACAAGGCUCGACUGAAGCGGAUGGGCAUCACUCACAUCCUGAACGCCGCGCACGGCACCGGCGUGUACACGGGCCAGUCUUUCUACACCGGAAUGAACAUCACUUACCUGGGCAUCGAGGUGGACGACUUCCCAGAUGUGGACAUCUCCAUUCACUUCAGGUCCACGGCUGAAUUCCUGGACGAAGCGCUGCUCACUCAUAAAGGUAAAGUGUUGGUGGUCUCCAUGAUGGGCUCGAGUCGCUCUGCGAUUCUGGUGGCUUCCUACCUGAUGAUCUUCCAGCACAUGAGCAUCCUAGAGGCGCUGACCGCCAUCAGGAAGAAACGCGCCAUCAACCCCAACGAAGGCUUCCUGAAGCAGCUGCGCGAGCUCAACGAGACGUUGAUGGAGGAGCGAGAUGAUGACGACGACACUCUCAGUCAGUGCUCCGUCAUCGACGCACGGACAAGGGCUCAGAUUUUCGGCGAAAGUGUGGACGACGGCGACGACACAGAAAGAGAGGAUGAUCAAAGUAUGAUCAGCGUGAAGGCGCAGUCCAUCAUGCUGGAGGAGGAGGAGGACGCGGAGAGCGUUAUGAGCAGCAUGGCAUCCUCCGCUGCUGCUCUUCUGAACAGGGUGGAGGCAAAACAGAACGGCACAUCCUCGGGAGAUGCUUCAGGGGACCUUCCUCUUCCAGAAGCCAUGGACCCCAAUGAAGAAGAUGAAGGCUUGGAUAAGAUGAUUCGAGACUGGCAGCGAAGGAACGAAGUCUUUCAAAAUGAGGAGUGGUGGGAAGCACAACUGAACAGUGAUGGCGAGGAAGAGUCCAUCGAUGGACAAUGGACGAAAAAGAACAGCAUUGACACGGAGAGUGUCACCAGUGAAGAAGUGCAGGCACUGAAGAGUCGGCUGAAGCAGCGAUGCAAACGUCCACCAUCUGACACCAUGUCCACGUCCAGCUGCAUGAGCUACUCGGACCUGUGGAAGCAGAGACUGCAGGAGAUUGAGGAGGAGGCAGCAAGACGCUACCGCAGUAAGGAUGAGGAGAAGAGCGGCGGAACAGAGGAAGCCAAGAGCACAAUUGACGACGAGGUGGCGAGCAUCAUGUCAGACACCACAUCCAUGUUUAACUUCUGCCAAAAGAACAAGGAGAAGAUGACGCCGCUGGAGCGUUGGCGUGUCAAGAGAAUCCACUUUGGCUGGAACAAGAAAGAUCGGGAAGAUGGGGAGAAGAGCUCUGUGGCAGAUGGAGAGAAGGGUGAGACGGAGGCAAGGGUGCCGAAUUUAGAGGAUGUGAAUUUGACAGCAUACCAGGCCUGGAAGCGACAGCAGCAGAAGCGCUACGGAGAGGAAAAUACAGAAGAGAUCCUGGAGAUGAGCCGUGGUGAAGACUCGGCUGCGGCAAAACGACGACAAAGACGAGAGGAACUGCUGGAGAGAUCCAGGAAGACGCUGGAGGAGAGCCAGUCUCUUUGUGGAUGGGAGGAGGACAGUUGUGUCAGUGGUGGCACCGUACCACUGUCUGCCUUCUGGGCCGGGGCGGGUGUGACGGGAACCCCGAGUGUGGCGAAUGAUGACAACAUGUCCAUGUUGAGCGGCCGCUCCUCCAUCAUCUCUUCAGUGUCACAACCGCGCAGCUCCAGAUCCGCACAUUCUGUGGCGCCCACUUUACCCCCCAUCCUCCCAGUCCCCACUGUCCAAGGUCCUGGAGGGGAGCCGAUGGUAAAUCUGUCCAGCAUACAGAACUGGAUCGCCAAUGUGGUCACGGAAACAAUUAAGCAGAAGCAAAGUGAGAUGAGCCUCCCGCCUCCGUCGCGAGCUUCGUCUGAGGUCAGCUAUGCCCCAGCAAUGCCUGGUCGCCCAACAGAAGAUGACAGGACAUCCAUGUUGAGCGGCGCCUCCUAUUCCAGCGCCCUGAAUCGUGGCAAGACAGCAUCAGUCUUCUCUGACAGCAGAGCAAGUAGUGCCCUGACAGGCAAAGGAUCGGUGCUGACCUCUGGGAAGUCCAAGAUUACAACAACAAGCGUCCCUCUCUUCAGCCUCUUCCAGGACCAGGUGGACCUAAACAAACUGGAUGCCAUUGAGAAGGAGAUUCAAUCGGAGAUGCGAGGCAAGAUGGCCACCUAUGAGAGGAAAAAGAUCCUGGCUGAUAACAAGCGUAGCACCAUGUACAAGAAGAAGAAACCAAAGGAAGAAGAUGAGGAGGAGGAUGAAGAAGCAGAGAAACGCAAGGAGGAAGAGUUCCUCAAAGAGGUCAAGAAGAAACCAGCUCGGAGUCACGGCCUGUCAGGCUGUCUUAACCUGAACCCGGCGCUGGAGAGAGACAAGAACAUGAACAUCGAUGACUGGCUGCGGAGCGUCCGCCCACCGCCAGGAAAGCUAGAAGCUGAUCAGUCUGAGGACCUGUAUGACGACUUGGAUGCCUCAGCCUCCAUGCUGGACUUCUCCCCUCAUCAGGACUCGGACGAUGAGGAAUUCCUGACCUCUGCACGGAGGCCCAGGCUGCAGGGCCUCAGGGAUGAGGAGUAUUCUCGCUUCGUCCCGAGCAGCCGGGGGGUGUAUGGUGACAGAGAGGAGUCUUACCAAGAGUACUCGACAAAACCUGUGGGAAGUAGACACAGAGACAAUGAAGAGGAGGAGGAAGAUGACGUCGCUGCAUUCAUUGCUCAAACGCGACAAAGAGUCCGAGCUCGUGCUGCCGCUGAAGCAGAUGACGAUGAAGUGCUCACGGCCUGGCGUGCCCAGCUCGAGUCCAAGUCCCGCGGGGCAGACUCCCAAAACAAGUGACGGAGACGGACUCGACUGUUCACAAAUGCAUUUGAUAAACAUCUUUACAGACUUAUAGAGACACUAGAGAAAACAGAGAAAUCCAAAACUGCAAAUCCAAAAUAUAAUUUGCGUGUACAGA